AUGAAUGGCAACUAUACAGAACCUUCAGCCCUAGACGCUGUCGACUACAAUGCGAUAGAUCACCUCAACCUCCUGUUUUCGCAUCCAUCGGCGAUAUCAUCUAUAAGCGAGGUCUCAAAAUCGCUCCAGAAUCACCAAAAUGCUCUUUCGAACGAUAUAGCCACGCUCGAAACCACCCAGGCCUAUGGCUCCGACUCAAGCCUCGAGCGCAUGCAAUCAGCGCAAGCCGAGCUUGCCCAGCUGUUUCGAAAGAUCGAAACGGUGCGCUCACGUGCGAUCGAGACGGAACAGAAUAUCACAUCGAUGACGGCCGAUAUCAAGAGACUCGAUGGGACGAAGCGCAACCUAACGCUAAGCAUGACAGCGCUCAAGCGGCUACAGAUGCUGACAACGGCUUAUGAGCAGCUCCGAGGCUUGGCCAAAACGCGCCAGUACAGAGAGUGCGCAGGUCUCUUGCAGGCUGUUUUACAGCUCAUGAAACACUUCAACAGCUAUCGUAGUAUCGAACAGAUCGCGACGCUGAGCAGGGGUGUGGCUGAGCUGCAGCGCGAGCUUCUGGAGCAGGUCUGCGAGGACUUUGAGAUGGCAUUCGCCAAGGGAGAAGUCGGCUUGCGAAGGGGUAUGCUUGUUGAAGCCUGCCUUGUCAUGGACGCUCUUGGAGAUUCCGCCAAGGCUCGUCUCAUGAACUGGUACGUCAAUACUGAGCUGCGAGAGUACCGACAGGUCUUCCGAGGCAACGAUGAAGCCGGUAGCUUGGACAACAUCGGACGGCGAUAUGCUUGGUUCAAACGAAUGAUGAAGACACAUGAUGACGAGCACUCGAUGAUCUUCCCACCGCAUUGGAGGGCCAAUGAGACACUGGCAGCGGCGUUCUGCGACGGUACUCGCGAUGACUUCAAGGGUAUUCUGGAGCGCAGCAUGCGACGUACGGACGGCAACAGGAUUGAUGUCAAUCUACUAUUGAGUUGUCUGCAGGAGACAUUGGACUUUGAGCAGAGUCUUGAAAAGCGUUUCGCAACUACCUCAAGAGCCAGUAUCGACACACUCAGCUCCGUCGAAGAUCGGGCACACAGCUUCCAUGGCAUGAUUUCAGUUGCAUUCGAGCCCUACCUGAGCUUAUGGGUUGAAUCGCAAGAUAAGCAACUGGCAACGAUGAUACCCAAGUAUCGCAGCCAACCACUUAUACCACCUGAUGAUGAGUUCUCACCACAGGCUGUCAUUGCCUCAGCGAUUGAGCUAUUUCACUUUUACAAACUCACGCUGUCGCAAUGCGCAAAAUUAUCUACCAGCGAACGUCUUCUCGAUCUAGCUAAAAUACUGGCCAAGUAUCUGGAUGAAUACGCCCAGCAAGUCCUGCUGCAUAUAUUGCAGUCUGGUGGCCCUCAAGGUCCUCCACUCCAGGACGUGGUGCUGGUGUUGAACACAGCCGACUUUUGGCACAUAAACACAAAUCAGCUGGAGGAGAGCAUCAAGAAGAGAAUCGACGGUGAGCUCGUGUCCAAAGUUGAUCUUUCAUCACAGUCAGAUGCCUUCCUUGGUGUAGCGAGUGCAUCUGUUCUGGCUCUCGUUCGCGCUGUCGAGCUCGACUGUGAAGGUGUCUGGCGUGAGAUGAAGAAUACUAAUUGGAGCACCAUGGAGAGUGUUGGCGAUCAGAGCUCAUACGUAGGCGAGCUUGUAAAGCAUGCUGAUGGGAAAGCUGCUGAGAUUUUGGGUAUCAUCUCGAAGCAACAGUACGCCAGGGCCUUUUGUGACAAUUUGGUGGAGCAUCUGGCGACAGGGUAUAUUAAUAGCAUUAUCCAAUGCCGACCGAUAUCCGAAGUCGGUGCCGAGCAGAUGUUGCUCGACAAGUAUGUUCUCACCAAGGCCUUUGAGAAGUUGAUCAUGCACCAUGCAUCAUUCUCAGGACACGAGGCUCCUCCAUCGAGCUUUGUGCGAAGAGUUCAGCAUUGCAUGAACCGACUUGAUCCAUUGCUCAAGACACUUCAAGUGCGACCCUCGCCGCCAGAGGGCUUGGUGCAGGCGUAUCUGAUCCAUAUCGGAGAUCGCUCAGAUACCAACUUCAAGAAGAUAUUGGAUCUGAAGGGAGUUCGAAAAGCGGACCACGGCCAUCUGAUAGAGCUCUUUGGUAUUCACCGGGAUAGCACAACUAAUGACAAGCUGGUUGCUAGCUCGCCAUUACUAACACCUCUCAUGACAACCAUGAGCUUGGGUAACACCGCUGCCCUGUCAACCAUGAAUCCGACAGUGGCAUCAGCAGUCAGUCCUAGGUUUGAGGCCGGAUCUCUGGGCGAAAAGCUCCUCAGCGCAGCAAGAGAUAUCCAGGGCAGUACGAGCACCGUGGCACAGACAGGAUUAGAAAAGGCAACAAUCAAUGAGAACUUGCGGAACUUUGGCAAGUUCUUCAAGAGAGAUAUUGGAUCAUUGGGAGCUAGAUUUGGAAAACGAGAUGGUAGUGUUGGCGCAGAGGAAGGACGAUAG